AUGGAUGCUGAUGAUGAAAGCUACCAUCUUUUUUUGCGAGGCUUGGACCCGAAGAAUUGCAAAGAGCAGGAUCACUACAAAGUUCUUGGAUUGUCGAAAUUGCGCUGGAAGGCCAGUAGUUCACAGAUUCGUAGUGCAUUCCUCAAAUAUCAUCCUGAUAAGAGAAAAUCCGAGAAGGCCGGAGUGGACGACAGCGAAGAUUAUUUCGCCUGCAUUGUGAAGGCCUACGAGCAGUUGGGUAUGUCGCUGAAGAAGAGAAGAGCCUAUGAUUCGGUGGAUCCGAAAUUCGAUGAUUCGGUUCCUGAUGAAAAGCGUAUCACUGCUGAAAAUUUCUUCAAAAUACUCAAACCAGUGUUUGAAAGGAAUGCCAGGUGGUCGAAUCGGAAUCCAGUCCCGCUGCUAGGCGACAUUGAUAGUACAGAAGAGGAGGUGGAAAAUUUCUACUCAUUUUGGUUUAAUUGGGAUACGUGGCGCGAGUUCUCCUAUCUCGACGAAGAAGACAAAGAAAAAGGCGAAGACCGAUGGGAGAAGCGCGAAAUCCAAAAAAUUAAUAAAGCUGAACGGGAAAAGCGUCGCAAGAAUGAGAUGAAACGUAUUCGAAAUCUUGUUGAGAUGGCUUAUCGCAAGGAUCCACGAGUUGCACGUUUCAAAGAAGCGCGAUUGCUGCGAAAAAAGAUGGAGAAAGAAGAGCGCAAAAGAGCAGCCGAAGAGAAAAAGGCUCGCGAAGAAAAAAUAAAAAUG